AUGAGGGUGGCCCAUCUUUUUUCCUUGAGCCUGCUAUUCCUCGCAGCGCAUGAUGUCCUGUGCAGCAAAAAAAAAGGAAAAAUACUUGGGAGCUUUUCAAAGAAUAGCAACAUUGUGGAGUACCUCUCCUUCUUAGCCGAGGAUGAAUACAAAACACUGUUGCAAGAGGUGGACAAUGAAUUAGUGAACAAAAUAAAAAACAAAGAAAUAGUAACCAAGGAAAAUAUAACGGCAACCUUACAACUACUAGAUAAGAAAUAUAAAGAAAUUGACGAUGGAGCUAAGAAGCGAGCAAUAGCAAAUGUCAUUAUUGAUAUUAGGGAGGCUCUUCAGAAAAAUUUACCCCAUGCGGAAAAUAAUAAUGAAGAUGUGGAGAACAAAAAAGAGCUAAACAAAAGCAACUUUUUACUUAAACUAGAAAAUACUUACAUCAAGAGAGACUUAGCCAAUUUUAAAAAAAUUACGGAAGACAUAUCCAUAAGAAAAUCCUACUUGGAUAAAAAAUUUAAAAUGUGUGGUAUAUCGAGCGAACAAUUCUUAUAUGGAGCCCCCGGAAAAAUUAACCUAUCAGAUAGUAGCAUAAUGGAGAUAGAUUACCCUCUAUUUAUUAACAUUGUAAAUAAUAAUACAUGUCAAGAUGACCUAUCCUCAAGUAGUACCUCCUUCCAAUCGAUUCAGCUUAACAAGUUUCUCGAUCUGUACAAACCCGUUCUUGAUUUCAACAUGGACCUCCUAGAAACUGCACUCAAGCAUGAAAUGAAGGCCUACGAAGACUCAAAGAAUGAAAUAUUCUUCCUCAUCCGAGAUCAUUAUAAAAAUUAUGGAGAAGUAAAGAAGUUCCUGUUGAACAUUCCAAUGAGCAAGCUUCCUGAUUCUAAGCCAAAUGAUGAAAUGAAAAAAGAAAUAACAGAAUAUAACAGGAUCUUUACCUACUCUGGGGGAGUUUCGGAGAGUAACAGAAAGCCAGGCGAUGGGCACAUCCUUGGUAGACAUGCUAAGGAGCCUGUAUACAUUCAACCAAAGAGAUAUAAAAGGAUUAUAAAAAUUCCUGUGAAAAGGAAAAAAAGUUUUAUAAAUGAUAAAACACAAAUUAACGUUAAAUCGCCUGUUAACGUUGGCCAAUUGUUCCUUAGGAAGAAAGAAAAUUUUGAGCAAGCCAAAAAGAAUAUAUAUGAGUAUCACAUAUUUUUAAACAAGAGUAAAGAAAAGGAAGACGAGAUCGAAGCCGGCGCUGUUGCAGACGCCAUUGCAAAUUUUGAUGCGGAGAAUCUCCCCAUUGAACACGUAACAGUGUCCAGCCCACACACAACCGAUAGCAAUAUUUUAAAAAGAAUAACAAUUAGAAAGUUUUUUCAUAAAGAUUCCACGGGAGAAGAAGUAGGAGGAGAUCAACCACUAUCGUUAGAGCAUGAAGGAAAAGGUACACUACCCUGUCCAGAAAACUCCCAGUACAUUAGCGAUGGCUGCUUUUAUGUCAUCCCACUAAUCCACUUCAACUACCCAUCAGGUAGUAUGUACUGUACACCUUGUUCUAACUAUGACAAAAGUACAUAUGAAAAGUGCGAUUUUAGGGGGAAUUUUAUCAACCUCAAUUAUGGCAAAAAUUGCCUUGUAUGUAUCCCCCCUAGUGCACUUAACAAUUGCAUCUGCAAUGUGAAUUCUAUGAACGGCUCAGCUCCAGAAAUCCUGAUGAAACAUCCGGAGGCAAUUUUGCAUCAUCCGCCUGACCAGAAUUGUAUGUACAAGAACUUAUGCACCAGUUGUGCCCAACCCAGUAGGAAAUUAUUUAGCUCUCUUCAGAAAAGCUAUAUUUGCCCGUACUGUAAAUUAAGGAAAUCGGUCAAGGGGGAGGAUUGUACUGAUGGGUAUAGGACUAAGGUGGCACCCUGCACGAGUCAGAAGGGCAUGUUCUACGGACAGGCUGUGACGAAUUUUACCAUCCUUGAUGAUGAUGAAGACGAAGAUUCCAUCAGGAAUGUAAUUUCCUCUGGGAAAAAAGCGCAUGAUAAGAAGAAAACGUAUACUGAUGAGAAAGCAUAUGGUGAGAAAAGACGAAACCAACCACAAUAUCCCAUUAAAGAUGAUCCGUCAAACCAAGGAUAUUUCAAAAAGAUGUACAAUAUAGAUGUGACUGCAAACGAGUACGACGAAUUAAGACAAAGAUCCCCCAAUAGAGUGGUGCCCCUAAGCAGUGAUUUCUUCGAUAAAGGCAACUUAAAGGGGAGGGAUGGGGCUUACGAUGAUGAAGAUGACGACGAAGAAGAAGAGGAAGAUGAUGUGGAAGAGGAUGAGGUGAUAGAAGGGAAAAAAGGAAAGGAGAAAGGUGGAGAAAACGAUGGGGUAAAUGGACCAGAAGUAGACGGAGAAGAUGAUGAAGAUGAUGAGGGCGAAGACGAAGAUGGAGUUAAAGGGAAGGAAAAAUCAUCGAGCAAGGAAAGAGACAAUCAAAGGUAUGACAAAAAAUAUCAGCAAAAGGAUGACGAAUCAGGUAAGGGAGAAGUAAAAGGGAAGGACAAUUUUGAUGUCACGGGUGAAGAUAUCGUAAUGGACGAAGAGGACGGUGGCAUCCCAUAUGACACCAAUAUUUACGAUUUUGGAGAAUUUUUGAAGAACGAUAAUCACAUGAACUAUUUUAAGGAUCUGUAUUACAGCACUGUGCAUAAUAAAGACAGUAAUGAAAACAAGAAGGAAGAAAAAAGCUUCCUCCUAAACUUGAGGUUUUUAUAUAAGACCACAUUUUUUAGUAGGAAGAGGACAAUUGUAAGUGCCUUUUUGAAAACGCCUAAUUUGGACGUUGAGUACAACAAAGGAAAAAUCCUCUUUUUAUUCAAAAAUUUGUUUAGCAAAAUUUUUAAAGAUGUAGAUUAUAAAAUUAAGGAAUCGCUAGUGCAGAUGAUCCCGGUGGUUGAAAGUGAUGAAGAGGAGGAUGCAGAGUUAACCGGGUUCGAUAUGGAUUUUGGAAAAGUCAAGGAGCAUUAUGCUGGGUCGAUAAACAUGUUUAGGCACUCCGUUUUUGACAUACACCAUAUGGCUAUUUAUUUUAUUGGGCCAGAUGAAAAGUACAUCCUGCUUGAGGAUAUCAUCAGAGAGAUACACGAGGAAAGGGAGGAGGAAUUCUUCGAUGGGGUUGUGAGACACUACGAAGAGGGGGACACCCAUGUGGUGGAGGAAGUGUCAAACGAAGCCGUGCCAAACGAGGCGGUACCAAACGAGGCGGUAUCAAACCAGGCGAUAUCAAACCAGGCAAUGGACAGGACUGAUCAAGCGAAACAGGCGAAAGAAGCAGAACAAGUAGGAACGGACAUGGAGGAAGGAACACAGGGGGCAAAGGAGAACCAGAAGGGGAGUCUUCAGAAAGGUGAAGUUAACCAGGAGAAGCGUGAACCAGAGGAGGAAAGAGGCGAAACUGACCAAGGAAAACGCACAGCAGACGAAGAGAAAGAAAAGGCAAAUCAAGAAGAAGGAGAAGAAAAACAAGAAAAAGGAAAAACAAAACAGGAAAAGCACAAGUCAGAGAAGGCAAAAAAAAAAGCAGACAAGCUGAAACUAAAGAAGGGAAAGCUGAACCAGGAGGAGGAUAAGUUGAAUACUAAAGUAGGGGAUACGAAGCCCAUAUCGGGUGGAGAGAUGCAAAGUGAAGAAACAAAAGCAGCAGACAAAGCGUCGAAUAAAGCAACGGAGAAAUCGGUAGAUCAACCUGAAGACGUCGCACUCAGUGGAAAGGAAGCACAAAGAGAAAAGGGCCAACAAGAACACAAUGCAGAUUUUCUGAAAAUCCUAUCGAAUUAUGGAAAUCUUCUCUCCAAGGAGGAUAUGAACGUGAUCAAAGACAACUUAAAUAAUCUGGUUGUAGAGAAAAGGAUGAUAAACGGAGGAGAAAUCAUAGAAAUUAUUAUAAAAAAAAAAGAGUCCAAGCAAGAAAAGGAAGAGGUGGACGAUAGUAACGAUAAGUAUGAGUCCAUUUCCAUUGAUGGAGAUGAAGGAGUAGAUACCAUUAACGAAACGGUGAAGAAGUACAUGGAAAAAUAUUUCAGCGUUCAUAAUAUACCCAUAUACUAUAUAGAAAAUGGGAAAAUCUCAAAAAACACCAUCCACGUUACAUCAGAUGUUAACUGCAAUUUGGACAUGCUGAAGAUGAGCAUCCUAGGAAUCAGCAACAUUACGGACAAGUCGAUAGAUCAGUUUAAUUUUUUCCUUGUUCCGAAGGAAGUCGAAUUUUACAACCCAAGCAAAUUUCAGGAAAUUCCACACUCCAUCUGGAACGUGCAAGAUUUGUACAACUAUAGCAAAUCGAUAGGGCGAAAAAUAGUGAUUGCUUCGGUUGAUGAAAAUGAUUUGGACAGUAUAAGACCCAGAAGUUUCGACUAUUUGUACGAGUCGAAUAGAGACAGUGAGGAGCUCUCCGCGAUGGAGGGGGAAUUUGUGCAGGCGCUCGCCGAAUCAGAACCGGGCGACGACACCGCAAGCGUGGAAAGUGGAAUUAUACUAAAGAAGGCGAAUAAGCGUAUCGUACCUGAUGAAAAUCCCCCAACAAGAAGUUACGAAGAAAAUGAAAUUGAGUACAUAAACAAAGAAAUAACAAUCUUGGAAGAUGAAGAAUUGUACAGAAAGGGAAGUUAUUACAGCUUCUUUGAAAUUUACCUGGACAACCCCAAUAGAAAAGUGAACGUUUACAACGCACCGAUACAGAAGACAUAUAACUUGAAUUUAUUUGCAGUGGACCUUAUGAACAGAAUAGUGCACGUGCCAUCUACAUUUAUAAAUACCAAUUCGUACAAGAAGGGUAUGUCCAUCCUGGACAUAUACACUUGCUUGGAAUACUUCUCCUUUAACAGAAAUACGAACGUUAUUAGUUCCAUUAUUUACGAUAAAUCAGUCACCUUAUAUGAAAUUUUGAAGUACCUGAAUGAGAAGGACGAACAUUUGCUCAUUCGAAAUAAGAGGACUGAAGAGUGUGAAGACGUGGACAAUUUAGAAAAUAUAAAAAUUCCUCAAUCCAUAAAUUUGAAGGAUUCCAAAAUUAUACAUUUGGAAAUACCAAUUUUUUAUCUGGACGAACAGUCCUACUUUUAUCAUGACAGAUUAACUCUCAUGAAUGUACCGGAAAAUAUGACCGCAUUGGAUUUGUCAAAUUUUGUGAAGAAUAUAAUUAACUCUAAAUUGAAUUCCUUCAAUAUAAAUGCUCUUAAAGAUUUACAAAUUUUUACCAUCCGGGAGAAGAAGUGGGAAAAUGUAGAUGACACAUUAACAGCGAGUGAAUUAAAAAUGAACCACAAUGAUUUGUAUACGCUUUUUAUUAGAAAGAAAUUUUUGACGAAAAAUAACUUCCAGACUUUAGCUAAUUUGGAAAUCGAUUUAGCCGAUAGUAAUAUCUACAUAAAGAAGCUAGACAUUUACAUCAACUAUAAUUUUGGUCCGUAUAGUUUGCACCAUUUGUCACUGUAUAUUGACUCCAACAAUUUGAAGAACCUGAUACUUAGAAAUACGAAUGCAUUCAUAUCAGACUCCUUUUUGCGCGAGUUUUUCUUUGUGUACAGCAGCAGGCACCCGGUGGGGGGUGGUUAUAAGGUGGAGCACCCAGAACAGGACAGUGAACAUUCGGUGGACUACCAACUGAGCAAUGGUCAACUGAGCAAUGGUCAACUGAGCAAUGGUCAACUGAGCAAUGGUCAACUGAGCAAUGGCCAACUGAGCAAUGGUCAACUGAGCAAUGGUCAACUGAGAAAUGGUCAACUGAGAAAUGGCCACCUGAGUAGCGGAGAUAACUCUGAAGUGUACAUCGAAGAUGAGGAGGAAUCCAAAGGAGGGGAUAAAAAAAUAGCCUUCCUCUUCCUCCUCAACAUGCUCAGCAGGUUCUACAAGAUAAAAUUCAGUGCGAGCAGAAUGAUGGAAACCGUCCUGGCGCAAUUGUUGGAACUGAGUGGGAAAGACUCAAACGAAAAUCCACUACUGGAAAUGAAAAAAUCGUCCAAGAAGACUAAAAAUUUGGAACUCUACCUAGGAAAUAACUCCAAGAAAAUAUCAGUAAAGAAUGUACCCCUGUCCUUAUUGGUGUGGAAAUUUAUCAACAUACUGAUGAGAGGAUCGUUUAACAUCCCAGUUGAAGAGAAAGAAAAGUUGUACAAUUUAUUUGUAAUCGUACCGAAGGAUAAGCACAAGGUGAAGAACCACGACUACUACUUUAGCUCCAUCCCUGGAUAUACCAUAGAAGAAAUGCUAAAAAUUAUAGAAAAGGACAAUCUACUUUUGAUGAAGGCAUACCCAGAUCACCUCAAUCACAUUCGGAAUAGCGAACAUUUCGACUCGUAUAUGAUAUUCCCUCUUGAUUCGCUACCAUCAGUCAUCGAUUUUAACAACCCCGUUGGGUCUCUAAGCUUUUACGUUAACUACAAAAAUGAAAAAAAAAUUACACAUAUUAUUAACGUGCCAGAAAAGAUAACCACAGAUAAACUGCUAAAGUCUAUACUUCUAGAUAUGUACUCCAAAUGGCAGAAAUUGCCAAAGGAUGAGAAGAUUAAAUUUUCGCUUUAUGUGGACAACGAUGAAAUAACGGAUGUAAAAAAGUACAUCAAUUCUGGGGAGGGCGCCCAGUUGCGCACCUUCAUUUCACUAGGAAAAAAAAAAAAUGACCAAAAAAAAUCUAAAAAGAAUUACGUCGACCUGGACAAAAUAACAGAACUAGAUGCCAUAAACGUUUCCGAUGCAGAAUUGAAGACAGCUCAGCUGUACGAUAAGACCUUGAGGGAAAUUCUAGUAAAGGAUUACAUCGAUUAUAAUAAUAUCUCCGUGAGUGGGUACACCCUCUCAAUUUACGUGUACGAUGGGGUGGCGUAUAAACCGGUGGUUAUUUUUAAUGUCCCCUUGAGCGCAACGAACAAGGACAUUAUAAACUUCCUACUUAUAAAGGCCAAUCAUAUUAAUACGAAAAAAUUGGUAGACGAAUUUCUGUUGCUGAAUGAGGAGUCCUUCAUUUUGAUGAAGACAAAAACCAUUGUGGAACAAAAUGUCGUAUUUAUAGGUGAACUUACAGAACUAAUAAAUUUGGACCGAACCAAACUCUACGUAGUUCAUAAACCCCUAUUUAACGCACUAGAUGAUAUAUUCAGAAAUGUGGCAGGCAGAAAGUAUGACUUCAAGUCUGAAAAAAAUACCGUGAUAAACGUGAAUGAUGAAAAAGGUACCCUCACCUUUAACCUUAUGUUUAACAAAAACAAAAAAAGAGUUCUAACUGUUCUGAACAUUCCACACAAUAUGUACAUUACAGAGUUCCUACGAUUUGCCAUUGGAUACCAACGAAAGUGGAUCUACAAGUAUGUUAAUUUUUACCUCAUUAAGGGAAGCGAGAAAUACGUUUUAAAUGAUUAUAAGGAUGUGAUACGGUAUGGAAGAACCAUCAGCGAAAUUUUCAAAAUGUGUAAAUCUGGAGACCCAUGUACCCUUCACAUUGAGAUUAUGUCCCAUGACUCAGCCAACAAGGUGAAGAAGGAAAACCUAGAUGGCAGAGACAGGGGAAGUAUAGUCAUAAAGGAAUUAAGAAAAAAACUUGUGGCAGACGAAAUUGACAAUAAAAAACUAGAUCUAUCAGUUGUCUGCUUCGAGUACAAUGCGGGACUUUACGAGAAGCAUCUUUUUGGGGCUUCCAGAAUUUGUAACAUUCCUAAAAAUUACACUGUGGCGGAUGUACUGAAUUACGUAAAGACCAAGUUGAAAGAAGAAACGAAGAUGAAAAAUGUGGAUGACUUACAACUUAAAAUAAUAUUUAACGAAUCAUAUGUAACCAUACCAGAGGAACUGAAUAUGGAGUAUGUGAUUAAUUACUACUUUACUGAUGCGCCCUCAAUCGUUUCUAUCUCGCAGAAGGAUGAAUUAUUGAACCUCAUCCAUCUAACUCUCCAUGAUACCGUUAUAGACAUAAAGAAUGACACCUUCGUGAAGAAGAGCAUACCUUUGUAUAUAAAAAAGGGAAGACAUUUGCAAAACGUGAAAUUAAAAAAUAUUCCUUUUGGCAUUACGGAGGACAACUUGAUAACAUACCUGCUAAAUUAUUUAACAAAAAAUGCGGAAGUGAUUAAAUUUAUGAAGGAUAACACGUCAGUUUGUAUCUACCCGAAUUGUGAUCCUGUGUAUGUGCACUUGGAGAAGAAGCAGCUCUCCUUCGUUGCGUCUUUGUCGUACCAUAUCGCCAUGAAAAAAAUCAUCUACUUGUCUACAGUAGAGUCUCAUGAAAAUUUCUACAGUCAAUUGAGCCACUUCGAAUUCAAUUUUGAAAAGUCUCAAUAUUAUAGCGAAACAAAGGCGAGUAGAAGCAGCAGCAGCAAGACAACCAAGAAGAAUAAUAACACCGAUGUUUUAAUGAACAUUGAUGUCAAUAUUCACUUCCCAAAUUUACAGAAAACUGUUCGAGUAAAAAAUUUCAACAUGGACAUGGAAAUAGAAGACCUGUUGAGCAAAACUUUCCAAUCUAUAACGACGAAAAGUUACAAGUGGAAUGAUCUGUUCACCUUUGUUGGUAGUACAUCUAUGUAUAACAAUGAUUCCCAGGGAAAUGACAAAGAAGAAGGGAGCUACUUGGAAGAUAAGAAGGCCAAGACAUUUAAGGACCAACUAUAUGAAGAAGGAAAUAUCACCUUCAUCUAUAAGUCGGAACAUAAUGCAAUACAUGAUUAUUUAAUCUCCAGAGUUAUCUACAUGCCCGCCAUGAUAAACUACCAAACAACAUACAUCUCUCUAAAAACGAGCAUUAGUGGAUUUCACAACAAUACCACGACGUUGUAUGGAUUCCCAAAUUAUUUAACCCCCGCAUUCACACUUACAAUAGUGCAAUACAAUUUCUUCAAACUGAUAGGAAAGACAUACUUGGAUCUCUUCGGGUGUUCCUACGAUGAUAGGUUUAACGAUGAAGAUCUAUAUGAUCAUACGCAAAUCGCCUUGAAAAAGAGCGACCCCAUUUUGAAGGAUUCCCUCAAGGGAGAAAGCAAAAAGGAGAAAAUGAGACUUAUCAUGAAGGUCAGAAGAAAGGAUGCGAAAUACAUCGACACAAUAAAAGAUUUGACAACCUCCGAAUUAAACAUAGAAUGCCAAAAGUUAGAAAAUGAAGAAGACAUGGAGGAAUGUACCGAUAUGAUAUCAGCUCUCAACACAUCCUCCAUAUUCUGGAGGAGUAGUGUCCUAGGUUUUAUGGCAAAUUCCGUGGUCAUCCGGGAUAACUACAACAACACCUUGAUGCUUCCAUAUAUCGACUUUAGAGUGAAUGAAAAAAUUCUUCUCCAAAAUAUUCUGUGUCACAUUAACUUGUCACCUUACUUGUAUAAGCUUUUCGAAUUAACUCACAUUGAUAAAAAAGGAAUCAGCUUUAAGAAAGGGCUAAAGAAUAGCGUGCCACAUAUUCAGUGCUUACUAUCAUACGGGUUCAGCAUUUACUUCGAUCUGAAUCACAACAACAAGCUCGAUAAUUAUUACGGGUUCCAAAUUGGGGGAGUAGAAUCUUUUGACAUAACCCAAGUACACUCCUUCCAAAAUUUACAUGAACAACAUUUUGUGGAAUUCUUUCUUCACAAUUCGGAUGGGACACAUGUGUUUGUGAAAAAUGUAUAUAGAGACAUGACUGUGUCCACUCUCAUCAAUGAGUUGUCCAAGGCAAGACAUCACAUCCACGGUGUGAAGUAUAACGAGGUGUCCUCGUUUUAUAAGCUCAUAUACAUCCUGGACCAAAAGGAUAUUUUCGAAAUUAAGCCAGAUGCCUCCAUCGAAGAUGUGUACGACAUUGUGUUGAGGUACUCCAAAUCAAAUUUUGUCCUCAAAGUGGUUAAGAAGGAUGGCCAGGGGUACAGGGAUGGUAACGAUGAUCGCAGUAGUAGCCUUGCGGAGAGAGAUAUGCCCGAGAUGCACCUCAGCUCUUACCCUUCCAUCGUCGACCUGAGCCAAAACAACUUCCAAGUCGUCAUGUAUCUGCUGCUAAAGCCACUGGAAAACAACAACCUCUUCAGAGACCAAACCGCCCCCAAAAUUAUUAUCAACAACGUCCCUUCCAGUACCUUCAUUGUUUCCAUCAAGGAGUACCUUCUCAUUUUAUUUAAGGACUACUUUGAGCGAUUAGAACUUUCUCAAAAUUUGCACAGCAGAUUUUACGAAUUUGAAAUAAACCUAGUAAUUGUCAGCAUGAAUCCUAUCACCAGAAAGAUACAAGAACUGAACGCGAACAUUUUGAGCAAUCUCACCGUGUCCAACUUUUACAGCAUCUACUACAACGCCGGUUUGGUUCUACAACUUGACAAAGUGAAGAUUUUCAAGCCCAACUUUUACAACGACUUUAUUAAACACUUUUCCUCCGUCGUCAUCGACUUUUCUUACGAGUCGCUCCAGAAGAGCUGA